AGCCUGACCUUUCUGCUGCAGUCAGUCAUUCCUGCUUGUGCCGAACCCGGCUGUUGAGAUGCACCGGAGUGGCUGCUGAACUAGGCUGGCCCACGCAGGGGCUGGCAGAAGAAGCUGGUGCCUGGUUCUCACCGGACUUAACCCAGGGGCUGUGCGUUUAGGCUGAUUGGCAGAGAUGGGGUCGACAGGGCGCGCUCUCCUGCGGGCCGUGAUCAUGGGGCCCCCCGGCUCUGGCAAGGGAACCGUGUCCUCUCGCAUCAUCAAACACUUCGCUCUGAAGCAUCUCUCCAGCGGGGACCUGCUUCGGGACAACAUGAAUAAGGGAACAGAAAUUGGUGUACUUGCCAAGACCUUCAUUGAUCAGGGGAAACUCAUACCAGAUGAUGUCAUGACCCGGCUGGCCCUCCAUGAACUGAAAAAUCUAGCUCAUUGUAGCUGGUUAUUGGAUGGUUUCCCCAGGACUGUCCCACAAGCUGAAGCCCUGGACAAAGCCUACCAGAUAGAUACAGUGAUUGAUCUGAAUGUACCCUUUGAGGUUAUUAAGCAACGUCUCACCUCUCGCUGGAUUCACCCAAGUUCUGGCCGAGUUUACAACACUGAAUUCAAUCCUCCUCGAAAAAUUGGCAUUGAUGAUAUUACCGGAGAGCCUCUUAUACAGCGUGAGGAUGAUAAACCAGAAACUGUUACCAAGAGACUAAAGGCUUAUGAGGCCCAAACAAAACCUGUUCUGGAGUAUUACCGGAAUAAAGAUGUGUUGGAAACUUUCUCUGGAACAGAAACCAACAUAAUCUGGCCCCAAGUAUAUGCUUUUCUCCAAACAAAACUGCCAGAUAUAAGUCAGAAAGAAGAAGUGACUCCCUGAAGAAUAACAAAUCCCAGUAAGAGGAGCAGAAAGCUAGUUUGCUAUGUCAAGGAGCUUCUGAAUGAUGGGAUUCUGAUAUAUAUAUGAAUUCUUCUAAGAUCAUGAUCUACUCUCAUUUUUGCUGAUUUUUCUGGAAAGUGAUGAGUCAAUCAUGAAGACUUGAGUUUCUUAAACCUUUAUUGCAGUGACCUGGUCCUCAUCUCCUGGUGGUUUGUGUAGUUUUUUUAAAAAAAAUCCUAUUUAUGUCUCUAAUCAUACUUCAUUUUGUAAAAUGGCAAAGCCAAAGGAUGACUGGUCAAUUAAAAACAAUGCAGUGUCUGUC